CCCUGGUGGUUGCCAGGCAACAGCUACUCAAACCUAGGAAGAAGAGUGUUGAUUGUGUUUCAUGACCAGAACGGCAGGGAGACGCAUUUACAGCAGAAAUGGCAACGACUCCUGUACCAGUUUUGGACGGAGACUCUUGUCCAAAACUUCAGAUGGAAAAACGAGUGAAAAAUGUUUUUGUUACUCAGCCGGAGGACCCGAGAGGCAGGAAAAAAGAGAAGAUGUGCGUACCUGCUACAAAAGAAACUUCAAGCAAACUCUUAGAGGCUGGAGUGAAAGCACUAAAAAGGACACUUAUUGCAAGAAAACAGGCUGAGCUGCAUGAACUGGACGUGCAACUCGCACUCAAAACACAAGAUUUCAGGAGCUGCAUGGAGGCUCUUGCUAGUAGAAGGUCAGAGUUGGAAACUCAACAACGGCAGACUAAAGAGGAGGAGAUGAAAUUUGAGAAGUUUGUGGCUGAGAAAGAAGAGAAGCGACAAAGAGCGCUGAAACAGUGUGAAGCAACUUUGGAGCAGAACAUCCUGAAACAGAGACGGAUUGAGGAUUUAACAGAACAACUGACAAAACUAGAAACUAGGAGACACAUUUUAAAGCAGAGAACAGACAAAAACAAAAUCUACGAGGAUUAUCUGAUGAAAACUCUGGAUCGUCUCCCUAGCCUUCCCCGCCACAACAGCAGCGAAUCUUUAGCCGUGCCGAUCAUUCGACGCCACGAGACGCUGUCCGUCACCCACCAGGAGCUGCUGCAACGUUUGAGGCGAAUGGAGGCGGAGGUGGAGCGGCAGUGGCGGCAGCUGCAAAACAUGAAGCAGCAGCACAGCAUAGCAACACUGAUGUCCAGUAAAGAACUUUCUGAACUACACAGCGAGUUAGAAAGCCUGAGAGAGAAGAACAGGCAGGUUGAAGUUAACCUGCUGAUGAAACGAGGCGCAUCCAGAGAAAAGGUAGAGGAAGUUGGAAAAUUACUUAUGGCUGUCAACAAUCUUGCACAAGAGUGUUACAGCCCAGAAUUUGGACCACUGGAAGACAUGAGUGUCCUGACUAUGAUGGACAUGGUGAAGGAGUUUGUUCUGGACAAGGCGGACACGGAGAGGAGAUUGAGGAGGCUGGACUCCUGCUCCACCGCAACUCUGACCGACAAACGAUGGAGAAAGUCGCCGAAAAGCAUCGGCAGCAAAACUCAAAUCAAAAGCUCAAGUAAAGCCAGUAAAAUCAGCGACUCGUCCAACUGAUGCUGUCAUUUUCAUAUUUUGUAUUUUCUGCUAAACAUAUUAAAGUGUGUUUUUAUGGUUUGUGUUUUAAA